CAUUUUUUUGCCAGACAUAUUCGAGCUUUUGCAUCGCGUUCGCAGUCGUUCGAGAAAAAUUGUCGACAACAUUGAAUUGACGAAGAAUAUUUUUUCCACCGACGCGCCCAUUUUCACGAAAAUCAUCCGUCAUGGGAAUAAUAACUGUGCGACAGGUAAUUCUAUCGAUGGCUCUGGGAGCGAGUUUAGUUUCGGGCGAACCCCCUUUGAACAGCCAGUACGGAGUUCCAGGUAAUUACGGAGGGAACGGCGGAGUAAACGGGGGUUCGGGUACCAUUACGAACAGCUACGGUACACCGCUGAAUCCCGAAGGUCACGAUGCCCAUCAAGAUUACAUCGAUAGCCAGCCGAAAUCGUACGAGUUUGGUUACGCGGUGAAGGACGCAGCUUCUGGCAACGAUUUCGGACGACGGGAAACCAGCGACGGAGAAACCGUACGCGGCGAAUAUCGAGUCCAACUUCCGGACGGUCGCACUCAGAUCGUUACCUACACCGCCGACUGGAGAACGGGAUUUCACGCGGACGUGAGGUACGAGGGUGUCGCCUCGUUCCCCGACCAAUACAACAACAACAACAACAACAACAACAAUAACAACGGAGGAAACGGAUACAACGAUUUCAACUCCAACAAUCUGGACGGUGGAUACAACAGAGGUAACAACGGAGGCUACAACAACAAUUACAACGGACAACAAAACGGAAAUUAUCAUUCGACGGGUUAUUCCGGAAACAAUAACAACAACAAUUACAAUUACAACAACAACAACAACAACAAUAACUACCCGAACAAUAAUUACGAUUCGAAUUCUGUGGACGUUGGUUACAACAACAACUACGGAGGGUAUUCCGGUAAUUCUUUUGGAUCGAAGGCUUCAAAUCCAGUAUCGACGUACGGGGCACCGGCGUUUCGUAAAUAGUUCAAUCGUGGCGACGAUAAAAUUUCAAACUAGACAAUAGACGCAAUAAUUUAUACGCAUAGGUUUAAAACGACUAAUUUAAACGUAGUGUCAUCGUCCGAUAGAAUAUUUUUUGUAUCAAUUUUCUAAUAAAAAUGAUGAAAGAAAAAAAAAAAAAAGAAAGAAAACC